CAGAUACAGUGCUCUGUGAUAAAAUUUCUUGGCAAAAUAUAUGUUUUGUGUUUGUGCCUGUUAUCUGUAUCAAUCUGUAUGGUCGAAAUAGAAAAUGGCGGACGAUUUUGAGGAUGAUAAGUGGCUUUAUGGCGAAACCGGUGAAAAUACUACCGAACCACAACCAAAUAAUGAAGCUAACGACGAACAGCAACCUGAAGAGAGACAAGAGCCUACUCCUAUUCCUCAGGUCAAUUCGUUGUCUGACGGGCCUCCCGGCGUCGAUGAUGGCCCCCCUGGAGUUGAUGACGAACAGCUCGAGAAGGGUGACCGACAAGUGAACGGACAGGAAGUUCAAGAUGGCAUGGAGGAUGGAGAAGUCCGGCAGAACGGAGAUGAUAGCGAUAAGGAGGAUUUAGACGAUGAUAGCGACGACGAUGUGAACGUUGUUAUCGGGGAAAUAAAAGCGACAGCCCCUUCAUAUACCUCUCUAAAUAUCAAGAGGGGUGGCUUGCAGACUGCUGUUGGUGAUAGGAGCAAACAGAUUCAGCAGCAACAACAGCAACCAGGCAAAUUUUCAGUAGAGGAAUUUGAUCAAGUUGGAACCAUAAAUGGUGUACCAUCAACUGAAUAUAAUCUUGAUUCAUUAGAAGACAAGCCCUGGAGAAAACCUGGUGCAGAUAUUACAGAUUACUUCAAUUAUGGUUUUAAUGAAGAUACUUGGAGAGCAUAUUGUGAGAGACAGAAAAGGUUAAGGGUAUCUGAAUCAGGUGUAGGUCUGGUGCCUGCAAAUCCUACUGGGUUACCAUUAAGAGGUCCAAUUCCUAUUACUAAUGAUAACAGCAAAUAUGCAGGAGUGGGAGGUGGUGUGGUAGCUGCAUCUGCAGGUUAUGUGGGUAGGUCGCCAAAGUGAAUAAAAUACGCAAUGUUUUUUUUUUAAUGACUCCAAGGGUGGGGAGCACCAACCAAGUGAAUACAAAAUUAAAUUUAUUAAACAAACAAAUGUUUAAGACCAUUGUAGCCUCAGUAUGAAACAUAUCAUCUUAUUAUUUGUAAAGAGAGCUUAGUUCAUCAAUUUUAUACAUUUUCAGGAACAUACUAAUUUAGUUUUGAAUACUCCUGCCUGGUGCUCAUCACUACAAGUAUGCCUUUUCUGUCUUUCCUUAGAAAAAAAGUGAUUCUGACAUAAAGGGCAAUUUGUGUUAUUUUGACAGAUGUAUUAAAAUAUUCUAUAUUGUAAUCAGGUAGACUGAAAUCAGGCAUGAUGCAUCUGAGAUGUUAUGACGAUUUUAUAGGUGCACAGAGGGGAGCAAUGCCAAUGACAAAAUCAGAUCAACCAAAAGUUAAUGCCAUACAGGUAAUGACAGCGGACAGGAGGGAAUACAGCAGGAAGCCAAACUUCCCAGAUCUUUCAAUGCCUCCUCCAGGUUCAUUUGAGACUUUCCAGCCAGAAUAUGGUUUCAAUCCAGAGCCAGAACCGUUUUAUGGUGGUUAUGAACCUGUACAAGACUUGCAGUGGGGCACGGAACCGAAUCCUAACUGGGCCCCAUCCGACCUGAAGACCCUAACAGGCCCGCCCCCAUCAUCUGACUCCCCUAUGCGACCGCCACAUUCUCGCUCCCCUGGGGGCAGUCGUAAGGAUAGAGAAAGGGAAAGUCCAUCAAGGGAAAGAGGAGAAAGCAGGGCUCGUAGCGAGAAACGUGAGAGGAGCGAACGAGAUCGAUCCCACAGGAGGGAGAGGAGUCGCAGUCGCGGCAGAAGCAGGAGGAAGUCCAAGUCGAGGUCCAGGAGCCCCAGUCAUAGAUCCCAUAGAAAGAAGAAGUCCAGGAGGCAUGAAGACAGUGAGUGAAUAUGAACACUUGUGGGAUAUGAAGUCAUUCCACUGCCUAGAUUUUAAGCUUUACAUUGUUGGUUUGCUUUCGUAUUGAUUGUACUAUGUAAGAAACCUCAAUUAAAGAAAGUAUUUCAAGCACUCUAACAUAA